UUCUGUAGACUGUCUGUGUUUGUGAAUGGUGCUAAACAAACAUUUUUGAAUCUCCCGCGGACGCUUGUCUCUUACGUGUCUUCGAUGAAUUCCUUCAAGCGUCAAGUAGGAUCGGAGGCGAGGAAUUCUAACCCUAGCAGCAGCAGCAGCGACAGCGAGACGCGAAAGAGGCAAACUUUUGAUUUGGGUAACGGAAGUGAAGUCAUUUACAUACCUCGGUUUCUUUCGUUUGAUGAUUCCUGGAAAUGGUUCCAUUACCUCAAUAAAGAGAUUCCAUGGACAAGACCUUCGAUUCGUGUCUUCGGUCGAUCUUGCAUCCAGCCUAGAGACACAUGCUAUAUUGCCAGUGAAGGGUUGCCAGAACUUUGUUACAGUGGAUAUCAGCCACAUGCUUAUUCUUGGGAUGAUUAUCCUCCACUUAAAAACAUCUUGGCUGCAGUUCAUGAAGCUCUACCAGGGAGUAAUUUUAAUAGCCUGCUCCUGAACAGAUACAAGUGUGGAUCUGAUUACGUUGCUUGGCACUCUGAUGAUGAGAAGUUGUAUGGGCCAACCCCUGAGAUUGCUUCAGUUUCCUUCGGAUGUGAGCGGGAGUUCUUAUUGAAGAAGAGAACCAGCAAAAUCACCCAAGUACAAGCUAUUAGAUGUGCAGGGGAACCAGCAAGUAAGAAACCAAGGCAGAAUAAACAUUCUGAUCAGCACUCUUUUAUGCUCAAGCACGGGUCAUUGUUGGUUAUGAGAGGCAACACCCAACGGGAUUGGCUGCACUCAGUGCCAAAGCGUGCCAAUGCUGAUGCUGUAAGGAUCAACCUCACCUUCAGAUGUGUACUUUGAUGGGCAGAAAAUAUCUAGAGAAACUUCAAGAUGUCCAUGCCUUGAUGGUUUGUGCAACAGGUUCUUUUGUGGUGGCAAUGGGAGGAUCAGUCAUGGGUUUUUGAAUGGGAGUUGAGAGCAAUUUUGGAAAUUGUUAAUCUGGCUGACUAUGAAUCGGAGUGUGAUGUUCAUUGAGUCAGACUGUCUUUUGGCUAUUGCCAUUGGUAACAUUUGUAUAUAUUAGAUAGUAUUAGACAUCUCACAGUAGAAGGUCAGCAAAAGCGCCUUCUAGUAUUCCUUAAUCUCGCUGCAAACACCACAAUGAAAAGAGAAAACAAAGGAAGAAAUAUAAAACAAGUAGAUCCAGUAAAAAUGUAAAAUUUCAUCUUAUUUAGCGUCCAACUUCAUAAGCGAAAAAAGAACUGAGCUGUUGGAACACAACUAUUUGAAUCUCCACAGCAACAAAUGUUGAUGUAUGAAUAAACCAGAUUAAUUA